GGCAAGACCUGGCCGCCACACGAGGCGACCAACAACAUCACAAGGACACCGCACCCGGGCGUGCAUCACUGUCGCCUGGUGGCUGUGUCUGGACCCAGGCUGCUGAAACCUGGGGCGUUGUGCGGCUGUUCCCGCGCGCUACAGUGGUGGAGUGCCUAGAAUUGACGCCUGAUAUUGAAUAAGAGGGCGGUGGAAGCUACUGCAGAAAUCAGCUGCUGAUUGAAAUCUCCAACCAUUCGCUCCCCCUACCGAUCCGUAUAUUCACCAAGACACACCGUCCAAAAGUCGUCAUGGAUGCUGUGCAAGAUGCCUGCCAGAUUAAAGGUGCCGACGAUCUGUACGGCAUAGGCGUCCGCGCUGGUCUCUAUACGCAAUGGGUUGCGACUCUCAUUGCGACGUUGUUUGACCCGGAAACCGAAAGCGAUAUUCGACUCGCCAACAUUAUCAUCCAGUGUUCCAUCUUCCUGGGUCUAUGUACUGAAAGCAGAAACGAUGGUGCGAGCGCCGUUGGUGCCAUCGUGACGCAAGUGCUGCUGUGCGGCUCUCUCAGCAGCCUCACUGGCGACGGAUUCAACCACGCCGGCAAGGUGUCUGGGAUUAUGCGUUUCCUCUUUUAUACGGGAUUAUCGGCAUACGGUUGCUGGUUCUGGUUUUACGGCAUUGACAGCAUGAUGCGGCCAGGGUGCAACGAGGUGGCCUUUUUUGGACUCACCAGCUUCCAUGGCUGGUUCCGUACGUUGGGCAAGGUUCUUUCUAUCAUCGGUGUUGUCCUGUGCAGUAUACUGGAUAUUUAUAGCCUCUAUGCCCUGGGAGUAAGAUUCUCGCAGGGUAUGGAAGCAUUUGCUCCCCCGCCCAAGCAGCGGCCUCAGGUGGAGCUGUCGUUGCUGGUUAUAUCGACAGGGCUUCUGGUGUUUUCCAUUGUCCUGAUUGAAUAUAUCCUAGACCACAACCGUAUCGAACUAGACAACAGUCCGAUCUCUGUCGGACAGCUGAUUCCGUUGAUUGCUGGUGGCUUGGCAGCCCUGUUGGUGCUCUGGAAGGUGAUUAUGAAUGGGUUGAUGUGGAAAGGCCGAUGCUGGUUCCUAUUUGGAAAACAUCUCUAAGGGAAUAAAUGAAAGAUGUAAAGUUAAUGUAUGACGAUAUAUUUGUAGUAAUAAUAGCAAACAAGCCUCUACUGUA